CUUCAUUCUUCGUCUAGCGGUGCUGAGCGCGGUUGCAACCUAAAGUUAACUCUGGUAGUGCGAAUGCUAGUGAAAAAGCGCGGAGAAGGACAAGUAACUCUGUCAGCCCAUAUUAAUCGUUUCGUUUUUUAUUAUUUUUAAUAUUUUCGUUGUGAUUUUUUUUUACGCGAUCACUGUGUGCCGGUCAACGCUUAAGUCCUCUAAUAUAUUAAAGUGAUCCCUGUGUUUUUUCUCUUCGCUUCUGAAAGUUUUUACGAGGACUCGCCAUGGCUAUGAUGAUGCGGCGACCUAUAACAUCCGGCAGCCGUCAAGCACCGGAUCCGUACGACCAGUAUUUGGAGAGCCGUUGUCUUUACCGGAAGCACACGGCACGGGAUGCCUCCAGUUUGUUCCGUGCAAUCGCUGAGCAGAUGUACGACACUCAAAUGCUGCACUACGAAGUUCGACUUGAGUGUGUCCGCUUUAUGACCCAAAAACGACGCAUCUUUGAAAAGGACAUCCGUGGCGACUUUGACAGCUACAUGAUUGACAUGUCCAAGCCCAAGACAUAUGGAACCAUGACCGAACUGCGAGCUAUGUGCUGCUUGUAUCGACGCAAUGUAAUCUUGUUCGAGCCUUACAACAUGGGAACUAGCGUCAUCUUUAAUCGUCGCUAUACUGAUAAUUUCCGGGUCUUUUACAACAACGAAAAUCAUUACGAUUCUGUCUACAAAGUAGAAUACAUUGAGAAGGCAGCAAUUUGCCAGUCCAUCACCUUUAAGCUGCUCUACAAGAUGUUGUUUAAGCUGCCCGACGUAAACUUUGCUGUUGAAAGCAUGUUGCAUCCACUUACUUUCGAGUGGAAUACGUGCGAUGAGGAGUUCGACAACAAGGGCUAUAUGAUCCGCCUGCAGUGCUCUGAUGGUCGCAAGUUCCAGCUGGAUUUGCCGGAAUACACAAACUGCAUCCUGGAGAACUACAAACUGUGCAAUUUUCACAGCAUUGCUGGAAACCAGAACAACAAUAAUAGCCGGAAGGCAGGAGGAGGCAAGCGAGAAUUGAAGUCACAGCCGGACCACGAUUCUACCGGGAAUAAUGGCAGUGGAUCAAGCGAUAUAAUGCACAUGUGUCCCAACCGAUUGGUGUCCUGUGUGCGUCAGCUGCUAGAUGAUGGCAUCACACCAUUUCCAUACAAGGUAGCCAAGUCCUUGGAUCCGUUCAUGUAUCGUAAUAUUGAGUUUGACUGCUGGAACGACAUCCGCAAGGAAGCCAAGCGCUAUAACGCAUAUGCCAAUGACUAUAACUUCAAGGUGGGAGCCAAGUGCCGGGUGGAAAUGGAGCACGCGUUCGAGCUUAGCACGUGCCAUAUUCAAAUGAUCUUCAGAGACAAGACCCAUUGCUUGGUCUUCGUGGAGAAGAUUGGCAAAAAGCUAUUGGUACCCUACGAGUCCCUGCAUCCCUUGCCGCCCGAUGAGUUCCGCCCGUGGUCGCUUCCCUAUCGCUAUCAGCGCCACAUGCAUAACCACCGCAUGCAGUUGCCCAAGUUUAUGGGCAAGCCCAACAAGAUGCCCAAAUGGAAGAAGACCAAGCUGUUCCAAGUGGGCCAGUAUUUUGAGCCCACUAAGUGUGACUUGCCGCCGAUGCCGGGCUAUUUGCCGCUGGAAAACUGCUACCGCGAGGUGGCUCAGAAUGACGAGCAACGUGGCCUAGACCAGCAGGACCAUGGCCUUACUCAGGAUCAGAGGGAGCAGAGCCAUCGAGAGGGCACCCAAAAGCCGAGGCAGCAGCGCCCUAAGGAGUUAGGGGCACCGCGCCAGAUCGCCAAUACUUCAAGCCAUGGCCACGAGUCGGCCGCUUCUGCAGCUUUGCCGCCAUCCACUCACUUUAUGAACUACUUGCCUAUGAUGUCGUCUGGACAUUCUGGAGAUCAGGCUCCUGCACCAUGGCCAGCAUCUCCGUUGACCAUCACUGAGGAUUUCCAGUAUCCGAUGGGCGGGCCACCACCGCCACCACCAGCUGACGGUUGCAUGUAUAUGCCUUUCAACGGGUAUGGCCCGCCGGCAACGGGUUCAAUGAGUCUACCAGGACCGCAUUCGUUCUUGCCGCCAUCUCAUGGAGGACUGAAUACCCAAACAGCUGGCGGGGAACCCCGUCGCUCCCUUCACAUGAACGGUGAAGAUUUGCCCGCAGAUAUGGGCACUUUGCGCUAUUUCUACAACAUUGGCGUUGAUAUGCAUUUGCGGAUGUCGUCCCAUCCAUCGUCACCUGAAGAGAUUGCCAUGAUGCCGGGUUAUCAUCAACAGAACAGCACUGAACCACCGGCAUUGAAGAACGCUGGAGCUGAUCAUCAGUCUGGUGUGGCGGCAACACCACCGCCAUCUCCAGAUGCAGGCACCGCCGCGGACCAGCCGCCUCUUAUGGAUAAGGCCUACGUGAAGCGUCACUUGAAUGCCGGCAAAGUCCGUGCUAAGCGCCCGGAGCAGCUACAUGACCUGAAGGAUCCAGUGGGGCAUGCUGCUCUCAUGCUGACACCCACACCGACACCCUCGCCCAGCACGAACGGCAAUCAGUUCAGUUUCUACAGCUCGCCGCCGCAGGCUGUGCCGCCUCCGCCGCCGCAUCAUCAUCUGAUGUCACCACCCAGGAUGAUGCAACAGCCGCCGCCACCACCGAUCUUCUUUCACAAGGCACCGGCACCGGGAUUGCCACCGCAACUAACAGGAGCAGCUGCCGGACAGAACCCUUAUGCCUGGGGCAUGCCACCGCCAACGUUGGUGGCCCCUUACGAGAUGAUUACCAAUUUACCCAUCGAACAACCACCGCAACAGCCACCACAACAUCAGCCGACGACCAUGCCACUAACACCCCCAUCCCAAUCCCAGCCAGCAGCCAUCUAUGCUGCCGCACGUCAUCACUAAAAAUGGGGGCACAAAUACGGAAAAUCGGAUCAGAGAGGCGUGUAUAUAUAUGGCAAUACAUAUACACUAUAAAAUAUAAUU